UGAAGAUUGAUAUGCAAUAAAGAAAAUAAAAGUAACAAAGAAAGGUGCGGAGCAAAUCAUGUAAUUAUAGAAGAUAGAGAAAUCGCAACACAUUAAUUGCAAUUUCAACUCCCAUAUAUCAUUCUCGUUAAUUUCUUAACCCAUCUUCCAAGCAUUCUUAUCCGACAAGGAUUCCUUUCUCUCUCUCUUGAUCCAAUCUUUUCGUCCAUUAAAAUUAGGAUUUUAAAUUCUCAAUUUUCAAUUUUCAACUCCAAUCCCUCCGGCGAGCUUUCCAGGAAGCUCGCUUCUCUCCGACCAUGGCCGGAAUCACCAAAACCUCUCACUUUUCCGUCGUUUUGAUCGCCGUCGUCGCUCUCUGCGUCUUCCCGGCAGCGACAUCCGAUAACGUGGCCUCGGCGGUCCUCGGGUUGCCGUCCCAUGUCGCUGGCGAAGGAAAGAACUUGUGCAGCGGGGCAGCGCCGUCGUCGUGUCCCGUGAAGUGUUUCCGAACCGACCCGGUUUGCAGCGUGGACGGCGUGACGUACUGGUGCGGGUGCAGCGAAGCCGCGUGCGCCAGCGCACAGAUUGCGAAAUUGGGGUUCUGUGAAGUGGGGAAUGGCGGCUCCGUCCCUCUUUCUGGUCAGGCAUUGCUUCUGGUGCACAUUGUGUGGCUCAUCGUGUUAGGCUUCUCCGUCUUCUUUGGUCUCUUUUAAUUUUUUUAAUGCUGAGAGCUGAGGAGCAAACGUAACACAAUACAUACACACUCAUGUCUCUCACUUUACAAUGAUGUAAUAGCUGUUUUUGGUAUUAUGUAGCACUAGGAGUUUCACAACGUUAUUUAAUUCAGAAAUUAAAAUACUUUGGCCUCUUACGGGAGAUACUAGCUAGCUUUUAUUGAUUGAUUCGCUGAAAAUGCAGAUUUACAUUUUUGUCACUGUUCAUUCGAUUUACAUUUUGGGGACCACUUUGUGGCCAUUCUUUU